UACCUCUCUUGAUCCCCACUCACUCUGUUAGGAUUACGGGCGGCAGCGGCAGCGGCGGCGGAUGGAGUCCCUGGGCGUCCUCCUCCCUGUCCCUAUGAACGCUUACCUCGAGAGCGAGCUCGCCCGCCGCUACAAGGUCUUCCGUCUCUGGGAAUCGCCUCCCGAGCGCCGCCAGGACUUCAUCCGUGCCAACGCCGCCGCCAUUCGGGCGGUCGUCGGCAACUCCAAAGCUGGCGCUGACGCGGACACCAUCGACGCCCUUCCCCGGCUCGAGAUCGUUGCCUGCUUCAGCGUCGGCCUCGACAAGGUCGACCUCGCCAAGUGCCGGGAGCGGGGCAUCCGGGUCACCAAUACGCCCGACGUCCUCACCGAGGACGUCGCCGACCUCGCCAUCGGGCUAGCCAUCGCCGUCCUGCGCCGCCUUUGCCAGGCCGAUCGGUACGUCCGGAGCGGGACCUGGUUGUCCAAGGGGGAUUACAAGCUCACCACCAGGUUCAGCGGUAAAACAAUUGGUAUCAUUGGGCUUGGUAGGAUUGGCUUAGCCAUUGCCAAGAGAGCGGAAGCCUUUGGUUGCCCUAUCAGCUACUACUCAAGAUCAGAGAAGCCGAAUACCAAUUACAAGUACUACUCUAAUCUUGUUGACUUGGCUGCUAAUUGCCAUGUGCUUGUUGUGGCAUGCUCACUAACUGAAGAGACCUAUCAUAUCGUCAACCGCGAGGUUCUUGAUGCCUUGGGCCCAAAGGGUGUGCUUGUGAACAUCGGGCGAGGUCCGCAUGUGGAUGAGCCUGAGCUCGUGACCGCGUUGCGCGAGGGUCGCCUCGGAGGGGCUGGCCUCGAUGUGUUCGAGCAUGAGCCUGAUGUGCCGGAGGAGCUGUUUGGCAUGGAGAAUGUGGUUCUGGUGCCCCAUGUGGGAAGUGGAACGAAUGAAACUCGCAAUGCAAUGGCUGAUUUGGUCCUUGGAAACCUGGAAGCGCAUGUGAUGAACAAGCCCCUUCUAACUCCUGUCGUCUGAUUUGAUGCAUAAAUAAUGUAGUAGAAUGAAAGCAGAUUGAUUCAGUUGGACUUACAUUGGACCAUAGAGGUUCUCUCAUGUUCUUCAAUAAAUAAGAACUAUUGUUAUGGUGUUCAUAAUCUUCGAUCGGUUCA